AUGGUGUGAGGCUUUUUUUCAGUUAGAUACAGGCGUGCGAAGCCACUUCUUCAGAGAGCCGAGGUCUCGUCUCAGGCCAGCGCCGGCGGCGGCGGAAAUACGGGAGUGGCGGCGGGCGUUGAGGCCCUCUCGAGGGCCGUCCUCACCGGCGUCGGCGACGCAGCGCGCGACGACGGAGGUUCGUCUCGUCUUCAUCGGCGUCAGGGCCGCUGCAGAGAUCUCGUCCUCGCCCCCCUCAACGCUGUGGCCGUGUCGACCAGCUCGCCGGCAGCCAGAUCUCCUGCAUAGCAGCUGCAUCUCAACGGCUGCGCCGCUGCGGUAGGUCGUGAGCGGCGGCGAGGAAUUCUUCAAGCACAUCUUGGAGCUAUGAGCCGCCGCCUUGUCCCCGUCGGCAGACGCAUCUUGGAGCAGAGCAUCAAGGAUCGGUACUACUCGGCAGGCAUUGGCACCGAGGAUGCACUCCAGCUGUUUGACGAAUUGCUCCCGGAUGCUGAGCCAUCCUCGAUCCGUGCCAUCAACUGCCACCUCACUGUCAUCGGCCGUGAUUGCCCCGCGCUCGGCGUCUCCCACUUCAACCGCGUCGCAAGGGCCAAUGUGGCACCCAACAGUAUCACGUACACCAUCCUCGUCGACUGCUGCUGUCGUGCUGGCCGCUUGGACCUCGGUUUCGCCGCCAUGGGCCACAUUAUUAAGAUGGGAUUUACAACAGAAGCUAUCUUCACUUUCAACCACCUACUCAAGGUCAUCUGUGCGGAGAAGAAGACCAGCUAUGCAAUGGACAUCGUACUCCGAAUAAUGCCUGAGCUUAACUGCACACCGAAUGUUUUCUCCUACAACAUUCUUUUCAAGGGUCUCUGCAACGAGAAGAGAAGCCAAGAGGCUCUCGAGCUGAUUAACAUUAUGGUUGAGGAUGGAGGUAGCUGCCGACCUGAUGUGGUGACCUAUAACACCGUAAUUGGUGGCCUGUUGAAAGAGCGUGUGGUGGACAAGGCUUACAGCCUAUUUUGUGAAAUGCUACAGAGGCAGAUUUCGCCAAAUGCUGUGACCUACAACUCAAUCAUCUCUCGCAUGUGCAAGGUUCAUGCAAUGGACAAGGCUGAGGAGGUUCUUCAACAGAUGCUUGAUAGAAGAAUUCUGCCAGAUGCUGCCACAUAUAAUAGUCUGAUACAUGGAUAUUAUUUAUUAGGACAGUGCGAAGAGGUGGAUCGGGUUCUCAAGGAAAUGUGUAGAAAUAGUGUUCAACCAAAUAUUGUAACUUACUAUAUACAGAUGGAUUAUCUUUGCAAGAGCGGAAGGUGCGCAGAAGCUAGGAAAAUAUUUGAUUCUAUGAUCGGUUUGGGCCAAAAACCAGAUGUUACUACCUACAGUAUUCUACUGCAUGGGUAUGCUAUGGAAAAAUCUUUUCAUGAGAUGCAUUGUCUCAUUGAUUUGAUGGUAGAAAAUGGUAUUGCACCAGAUCAUCAUGUCUACAACAUACUCAUAUCUGCAUAUGCUAAAGAAGAAAGGGUUGGUGAGGUAAUGUAUAUAUUUACAAAAAUGCGGCAGCAAGGAUUGAACCCUAAUGUAGCGAACUAUGGAGUGGUUGUAAACUUGCUUUGCAGCAUGGGCCGAAUGGAUGAUGCUAUGUCCCAAUACAAUCAAAUGAUAACUGAAGGAUUACUCCCUGGUAUCAUACUUUUCAGCCAACUUAUUAGUGGUUUCUGUACUUGUGGCAAAUGGGAGAAGGUUCAUGAACUAUUUUCUGAGAUGUUGGAUCGUGGCAUCUAUCCCGACACUGUGUUCUUCAACACAAUUAUGGAUCAUCUUUGCAAAAAUGGAAGGGUUAUGGAAGCCCAGGAUCUCUUCGACCUGAUGGUACACAUGGGUGUGAAACCUGACGUGUGUACUUAUAGCACACUGAUAGGUGGAUACUUGUUCGUUGGUAAGAUGGAUGAAGUGAGCAAGUUACUUGACAAUAUGGUCUCAAUUGGCAUGGAUCCAGAUGUUAUCACCUAUAGCAUACUGAUUGAUGGUUACUGUAAGAAUGGAAGGAUAGAUGAUGCAUUGGUUGUUUUCAGGGAAAUGUUGGCCGGGAAGGUUAAGCCUUGCAUUAUCACUUUUAAUAUUAUGAUUGGUGCGUUGCUUAAAGGUGGCAGGAAGGAAGAGGCUAAAGAUUUGUUUGAUGGUAUCUGGGCCAAAGGAUUAGUGCCCACCGUUGUUACAUAUAGCUUAAUGAUACAAAAACUUAUAGAAGAAGGUUCUCUACAGGAGUCUGAUGAUCUAUUCCUUUCUAUGGAGAAGAAUGGUUGUCCUGCCAAUUCCCGCAUGCUAAAUGCUAUAGUUAGAAGGUUACUUCAGAAAGGGGAGAUGCCCAGGGCUGGGACUUAUUUGUCUAAAAUUGAUGAGAGGAAUUUCACCCUUGAAGCUUCCACAACUAGCUUGUUGACUGCACUUGCUUCAGUGGGGAAAUGUCAGGAAUAUAAGGGGUUACUGCCUGAAAAAUAUCACUCUUUUCUGGAACAGGGCACUGAUUGAAACCUUUUCUAGAGAUUUUUCCUAGAUGUUCUGGAGUGCUAAUCGAGGGUUGAACUUCAGUGGGGAAAGGGGAGAUGCCAGACAUUGUGCCUUGAUACUCUGGACUGCUAAUCGAGGCCUGAACUUUCCUUUGUAGGUUAUAUCUUCCGACCUUUUCUUCUUGUAGUAGGUCUAAAAUGUAGGUCACUUCUCUUAAUGGUAAUUCUGGGAGGAACUUGUACUAGUAGUAAAUCUGACCGUUCACCAUUCUGAGAAUGGCUAUCUGUGUUUCUAUAUGGCUGGCUUCUACUUCAAUGGUCAACUAAGCUGCAAUUUAUAUUAUUUUUGUCAGUCUUUGAUUUGA